AUGGACGCAUUUCUUGAAGAGCUGGAGAAAAUGAUCCGUAGCGAGAAAUCCUUCUAUAAACUGGUUGUCGGAGACUUCAACACAAAACUAGGAAAGGGCACAAAAGAGGAAUACAGGAUUGGAAAAUAUGGACCAGAGGACCGAGAUGAAAACGGCAAUUGUCUCGUCGGACUGUCGUUCGCCACUCGCCUGUUUCAUGGGAAUUCUCUUUUCAGGAAGAAAGAUCAUCGUCGGUGGACAUGGGAAUCGCCCAAUGGCGCGACUCGUGCGGAGAUUGACCACAUACUCACCAAGCGGACGUUGCGUCACUUGACGUCUCAGUAG